AUGCCAGAUGAUGCUACUGCACACACUCACCAACCGUAUAAAAAGAAGAGCAUAGACCGUUCUAGAUACAGCGAAAAUCUAUCCAAUUUCUCAGAUUCCAAAUCGCGCAAGUUCCGCUGGUCGUCUUGCUUUUCAUUUGUUUCUAAAUUCAAGAAGCCCAAAACAAGCCAUACACAACAGAUUCGAUUAUCACAGUCGUAUGAAGAUUUUGAGCAGACAGAACGUCCUGUUAUUCACCAAUCCUCAGAAAUCAUUGUGAAAGCCAAAUCAGAAGAAUUCAAUUCGUCUUUUUGGCCAACACAGCCUCUACCAUUGCCACAACCUCAGUUACAGCCACUUUCUUCACUUUCUCCGCCACCCAGACAAGUUAAAUCUAAAAGAGAAAGUUACUGUCCCCCCAAAGAAAGUGUCCAGUAUAGCUCAAGCAUUACUACUGGUAGUAAUAGCCGACGCCCUCUUGUCGACCCUUCUCUUACGCCUCGAGUCAAACCUCGGUCUAUCAAGACCAAAAGGCAACCUUCUUUUCUACGCUUGUCUCUUGACGCCGAGGUACUUCAUUCUCCUGAAAGUCUGAAAGAAGAUAGUGAUAGCAUCACCACCUCUAAGACCAAUCGCUCAAGUGCUUCAUUGACGCCUACAGGAACAAACCCAGUUCCUUUUCGCAGUGGUACAUUAGGCAAUUCUAGAAUGAGCAGUAGUGUUUCGGUUCAGGUGCCGCCACCACCACCGCUUCCCCAGUUUUGUAUACCCUUUGAUCAUAGCCGACCUCAAUCUCAGCAAUCACCCACUACUUUUAUAUCUCAGCACGAUUCCCCUAUCACUAGUGCCAUCGACCAAAGUGACGAAGAAGUUGAAAAACUAACCCUGAAAGAACGAAGACAUCGUCGUAGUCCUCUCUCUACUCCUAAUACGGACCAGCUCACCUUAGCCCUCAAAGGCAUGCUCAUUGAUGAAGAGCAAGAAAAAGAGCCUAUGCUUCAAUCGUUGCCUCAAAUGAAAAACAAAAGACAGACCUACAAUGCUGACAGUACACAUGGAUGGCGCCAACAUUUGCUAGAACAAAGCAUCGCCUUCUCUUUCCAAGAUAAGUCCCGACAAGAAGCCAUGUUGUCUCUUGAAGGCAAAAAGCCCAAGACAAUUUCACUUCGGCCCAUUGCUCAAGUCCAUGAUCUCGAUAGCCAUUUUGACAAGACUAAAUCUGCCGAUGUUGGUCGGGAAAAGGCUCAAUAUGACGCUAUCGUUUCUCGUGCAACUUCGUUGCAUCGUCGCCAAUUGUCACACGAGGAAAAUAAGCGGUCCCAAAUAAAUAAUCAUCGUACAUCUCUACGUGCACGGUCGUCUUCUUACUUAGAGUCAGCCAAUGAACUGGGUAUCAUCUGUGAGGACAAAGUUAUGCCUACCAAGACAUUACUCUUUCCAAGCCAUCAUCUGACGGUUACGCCCGAGACUCCACCUUAUCAUAAACAAACAGCCCCUUCUUUGAUCUCUGCUCCUUCUACACCUAAUUCCAUUGACUCUUGUGUCAUGGAACAAGAUGAUUAUCUUAGCCAUAAAAAACAUGUCUCCCUUGUCUCUUCUUCUGAAUGA